CCAUACGGCAGGAUAUGAAAAUGAGAACCACAGUGCUCCCAUGUUGUACAGCUGUGGGGCCCAGUACAGAAUACACACCCACGGAGUUUUUAGAGGCAUACAAGAUGUCCGACGGGUGCCAGGAGUAGCUCCGACUAUUGUCCGAUCAGCAAGUGAGACAAAUGAAAAACGUCCCUUCAUGUGUGCGUACCCUGGCUGCAACAAGAGAUACUUUAAGUUGUCCCAUUUACAGAUGCACAGCAGAAAGCACACUGGUGAAAAGCCUUAUCAGUGUGAUUUUAAGGACUGUGAACGAAGAUUUUCUCGUUCAGACCAACUCAAACGGCACCAAAGACGACACACAGGUGUGAAGCCCUUCCAAUGUAAAACCUGUCAGAGAAAGUUCUCCAGAUCUGAUCAUCUGAAGACUCAUACCAGGACUCAUACAGGUGAAAAGCCUUUCAGUUGCCGGUGGCCCAGCUGUCAAAAAAAAUUUGCCAGGUCUGAUGAAUUAGUUCGUCAUCACAACAUGCACCAGAGGAACAUGACUAAGCUGCAGUUGGCCCUUUAG